AUGAGUUUGGCGUCAGGCUGCCUUCUUUAUCUUUGUGUGAUUUCCAACUUCUGGCUUUGCAAUGCCCUGCAAUCCGUCCACACGUCGAGACGAAUGGGCAAACCACUGAUGAUACCUGAUCACUACAAACUGUUUGCAACCAAGGCACGGGAUUUGUCCAUGGUAGAUAUUAUGGAAGUCAAAGCUGAUGAGGCCCCGACAACCUCCGCAAACGGUGCCAAUGACAGCAGCAGCCUUGGCUCGACGAAACAUUCCAUCUUUUUAUUUUCUCUUCCAGCCUGGAAUCUACUUGAAACUUCUACUACUACAGGUACCAAUAAUAAUUCUUUGGGUGCUCACGCGGCUCUGUUGGUGAGACGUCUUUGGGAAUGGAAAGACGACGUCCUAGGCGAUGGACGCGAUUUCUUUGUCCCGCGCCCCAAAACCCUGGGAGCGCUCAAUCAAAUCCUGAAACAACAAAUCCCCCAUGCGACGGAAUGCGUCGUGCUGUCCAACUGUGCGCGCUUUGACGUGUUGGUCGUGGUGGGAAAGAUGGACCAUGGUAGUAGCACAGAAGAUGGCAUGCUACAAAGGGUACAACAACCAGUAGCGCAGGCUCUGAUACAGCAAUAUACACAUUACAAAAAAGAAACUCAAAAGCAAAAGUCCAACAAAUUCUCCUUGGCCGCACUCUUUGAGGGCCCUGGAGGUGGUGGGGAUCAGCCAGACCGUCUCUUACUGGAUCCGCCGUGCCUACGAGACAGCGCCCAUGAUUCCCCCGCAACAACCAUCACCACCGCAGAUGAUGACGAUUGCUUUUUGGAAAUCAAAACCUUGACCAACAAUCUGCAAGCCUUGCAAGGUCCCGAAUCCAUUGCCCGUUAUCUCUGUCGAGUGGCUACUGGGUUGCAAGCACAGGGACGACGUCCUGGUCGAGACGUUGUCUUUCGUCCAUUCAGUAGUCGGGACGCACACGUAAUGCUCCAACUCAAACGAACUGCCGAUGUUGCCAGCAGCAAUAGUCGCAUCAAAUCUUUGUUGGACACGGCGCUGCAGGCUGGCAAGGCGGCACGAGAUCCCGCCAAAGUGCCGGCCAUUCUACCAUUGAAAAAGUACGGAAGUGGGGGGAGCAACAGUCGGUAUUCGUUGGGAGAUGCCCCGUCCGAGUUGACAGAGGCAGCAGCCAAACAAGCGGAAGAACUGUCCAUCGAGCCAAGUGUGGACAAGUAUGUUGACAAGUGGGCCGUGCUCGAAGUAUCGGAACAAAUUCAAGCCUUUCGAAGUGCCGUCCAACUUGCUACCGAUGAAUAUCUAGGAGUUGACUUGGAGACAUCCCCCGAAGCCAAGCCUAUUCGAGCCAUGAUGCAUCCUCAUGUAAUGAAUAUCCGAAGUGGCAGACCUCCUGACCUGGACGAGAUUCUAAGAGAGAUUCAAGCAUUGCAAUAG